AUGAGCGCACCACGGGUCGGGCGAGCAGCGCUGAAGAAGGCCAAGUUGCCUGCUUCUGCUUCUGCUUCCAAGCCAGCGCCUCGAUUCCCAGUGGCAGACGGCACCGGAGUCAUGACCAUCUUCGGCGUCAGCGCCCUCACUCUCAGCACCUACAUCGGCUACCUCUAUGCCUCCUACCGUCGCGAAGUCACUCAAUCGCAAUCCCUCUCUGUCCCCCACGAUGUUUCCGACCGCUACAACCACACCGCACGCACCUUCGACGCAGACGUCGAAAUGUCCGAGAAAGUCAUGCGCAUGGGCUCCAAGCGCGCAGACCUGAUCAGUCGCGCACGCGGCGACGUCCUCGAAGUCAGCUGCGGUACCGGCCGAAACCUCCAGUAUUAUGAACUCGGGCAGCGGAGGGGACUGGAUAGCAAGGGACGCGCAGGCAUGCAUGGAUGUCGGUCCGUAACAUUUGUGGAUUUGAGUCCGGAGAUGGUGGAGAUUACGAAGGCCAAGUUUGCGAAACAGUUCCCGGAGCAUGAGGUGCCGGUGAAUUUCGAAGUACAGGAUGCCGCAGGCGUGCCUAGGCGUCCGGUUGAUCCGUCACGGAAGGGUGAUGAGGGUUAUUAUGAUACGGUGGUGCAGACCAUGGGGCUUUGUUCGAUGCCGGAUCCCGUGGGCACGUUGCGCCAUCUGGGGACGGUUGUUGAGCCGAAUAAGGGAGAGAUCUUGUUGUUGGAGCACGGGCGGUCCCACUAUGAUUGGCUCAACCGCAUCUUGGAUAAUUUGGCGUCGGCGCAUGCGGAUAGGCAUGGGUGUUGGUGGAAUCGGGAUAUUGGGAAGAUCGUGCGGGAUAGUGGGUUGGAGGUGGUGGAGGAGAAACGCUGGCAUUUUGGGACGACGUGGAAGUAUGUCUUGCGGCCGGCGAGGACGGAGAAGUGA